AUGGAGGCCCGGCAGGUCCCGGGCUUCUCUAAGCUCCAAGAGCUCCUGGCGCCGCCGUGUCUGGACCCUAAGCCGUCCCAGGCGCCCCCUCUUCAGCAGACACCAAGGACUCCAGGAUGCCCCAGACUCGAUGGCAGGUCCUUCUGGCCUGCUCACCAGGACUCCGUCUCGGCCCUGCAUUUUCUCCAAGAAACUGGAGAGGGGCUGGUCCAGCGCCUUGCCCAGGACACCCAAGCCCUGGGGGCCUGCGGGGAGCCGAAGACCUUGGAGUCUCUGGGACCCUCACCUCUGGCAAGGGAGGCUGAGAACAUGCUGACCCCAACCAACCAGCAGUGCUGCAGCUGGGAGCCCCCUGAGACUCCCCCAGCCCCCUCAGCCCUACCCCGGAGGAGGCCCCGGAAGCAGUCAAAGCCCCACCAGGGCGCUGACAAAGUGGAUCCCGGGUUUGAGGGGGUGACCCUGAAGUUUCAAAUAAAGCCGGAUUCCAGCCUACAGAUCAUAGCCAGCUACAGCCUGGCCUGCAGUAGCCGCCCCCAGGGUCCCUCCACAGGCCCUGCCGGGGGCCCCGAGGCCAGCUCAGGAGGCAGCGAGGCCCUGGGGCCCCGGUGCUGUGCUUCCUGUAGGACCCAGAGGACCCCACUCUGGCGAGAUGCUGAAGAUGGGACCCCCCUCUGCAAUGCGUGUGGUAUCAGGUACAAGAAAUACGGCACCCGCUGCUCCAGCUGCUGGCUGGUCCCCAGGAAGAAUGUCCAGCCCAAGAAGCUAUGUGGCAGAUGCGGGGUGUCCCUGGGCCCCCACCAAGGCCCAGCUCAGGAAGGGGAUCCCAGGUGGAAGACCCAGGCCUCAGGCUCCAGAGCCCCUGUCUCGGGGGGCCCCUGUCCCCCCUCUUGGCCCCUGGUCCGAUCAGGGUUGGCCGGGCCUCUCCUCAGAAAAUGUCCUCAGCAGUGACACUCAUUGUUAACAGCAAUAGCAAUA